GAGAUCCGUUUCAGAAAAGCUCUCCGUUGUGUUUUCCCAGAAAUUCUCUCUUUCGAAAACCUCGCAACGAAACCGAGGACUUCUUGUUCUCCUUACCGUACGUACGUACAACGCAAAAAACGCAACGCAACGCAACACAACCCACCAACCAACCUACUCCCAUCGUAGCUGCGCACGGUACGAUUGCGACGAUCCAUCAACCAUGGUGGCGGCAAACGAUCGACCGCAAAAGCAGGGGGCGACCCUCCAGCAAGGAGAGAAGGACGAAAGCGGUGGAGAGAGACCUCUGAUCGAGGUCGAUGUCAGCAUCGCCAAACGCCUGACGAAGGGCUUGAUGGAGAUGGAGAUCUCGGAAGAACAAGCGCACUCCGCCGGUGGAAUCUUUCGGGGCAUCGCCGCGGCGGCCCGGGCCAAGCUCCCCGUCCUGAAGCAGGCGUCCACCCAGGCCGUCCGGUCCAUCGGGAGCAACCGUCCCCUGGCCUUUGCCAGCGAGGGGGCCGUCGCCGGGAACGCCAUGAUGCCCCGGUGGAUGUACUACGGGGCCUGGGGCCUCUCGGGGGCGGCCAUCGGGGCGGACAUUACCACCCGCACCUGGGACGCGCCCGGGGACAAGAAGUGGGAGACGGCGGCCUAUUGGACGGCCUUUCACGUUCCGGCCAGCCUGGUCGUCCCGGCGGUGAUCAUCCACAAGAUCGUCCACGCCGCCGAGCACUCGAUGGAGCACCACUCGUACGCCAAGAAGAUUCCGGUGGGGGCCCGCCCGUUCUUUCCGGUGGGACUGGCCCUCCUGUCCGUCAUUCCCAUCGUUCCGGCGGUGGACCACGCCGCGGAGCUCAUCAUGGAGCCGACGCUGGGGGACUACCUCGGGCUGGAAUUCCACCACGGCAACCACSACGAGAAGGAAAAGGAAGACUAAAGAGGAUGCGUUGGAUCUCGUGGAUAUGUGSGAACAGAGCCCAGUGCAUUAUCACUUCGUUACGCAUAUGCUAAUGAGACACUAUAAUAAAACCUUUGUAGCUCA